UCUUUCUCCCCCAGCAAACUCCGGAACCAGGCACAGAGUGAACGAUAUGGCUAUAAGGAGGUGGUACUUAAAGGAGAUGCCAAGAAGUUGCAAUUAUAUGGGCAGACCUGCGCAGUCUGUCUGGAAGACUUCAAGGGGAAGGACGAGCUGGGUGUGCUCCCAUGCCAACAUGCCUUUCACCGGAAGUGUCUGGUAAAGUGGCUAGAAGUACGCUGUGUCUGCCCUAUGUGUAACAAGCCCAUUGCUGGGCCCUCGGAGGCCACUCAGAGCAUCGGGAUCCUGUUGGAUGAGCUGGUGUGAAUGCUGCUUCUGUGCCAAGACCUGGAAAAGACCUCCUGCCUCACGGGUGCCUGAUCCCUCUGCACAGCUACAGUGAACAAGGACUGUUGGGUGGUGAUUGACAUGCUUACCUGAAGGGGCAGGGAUGCAGGGCUGGUCUCCCAGCAUCAGGGUGAGACCAGCAUCGCCCCACCUCUCUGCCCCCUGAAGCCGCCUUCCCUGCUACUCAGAACUAAUGGCGUCCCCCAUAAAGAACACUGUAUCCUGAUACUGGAUUGUCUGCCUGCCUGUCCCUGCUGGGGAAAGCCAUCCACCCUUAUCUGGCUGAGCGCUUGGAGUUCACCCCCUGAGGGUUCCCCUUAGGAGGACAGGCUGCCCUGACCUCGAAGAAGGGUUAAGAUGGGCCCUGCCCCACCUGUCACCUCCCUCCCCUCUUCACUCCUUGCCUAGGAAGGUGAGAAGGGGAGGAAGGAAUGAUCAAGGAACCAUCAAGGAACCAAGUGCCUCCACUGGAAGUGAGAGAGGCUCUGUAGGAAGUCAGGAAGAGCAGGGGACACAGAAAAAAGGAAAGUCAAUGUUUACAUGGGGCCUGUGGAAAUAAAGGCUGGUGGGCAGGCCUGCUGACUACAGGGUACUGGAGGGCAAAGGCCUUCCCCCUGCUAGGAUCUGUGGUGCUAUCCGUUCACUCUCUUCCUCGGUUAAUCUCAGAGCUUCCUAUGCCGUGUUGGGGUUUGGGUGCCCCUCGAGAGGAAGGGCUUGUUCUACACUCAAAUGAAUUCCCAGGGGCUUUUUCUAAAGGAGCAAAAGGGGCCUGGGGAUGGGGGUGUCUGUCUGAAGGUUAAUUAAGGUAGCAGCAGAUACCUUCUUCCCCUUUGUAAAUAGUAUUUUUAUACUUCAUCCUCACCAUCUCAGGCUUUAUACAUGGAACCCCUGAAUGGAGGGGGUGGGGUUUUCUCUCCCCCACCUGGAGUAGGUGAGGGGUGGGACAAAGGUAUGUAUUUAAAGAAAAUUAAAUUUAAUAACAAGUUUCUCUAACUUUUUGCCUGUGGUUAUGGCCUGUGUCUCUUGGCCCUUUUCUGCCAGCAAAGGAAAAAAGUUCUCUUACUGCUGCUUCUCACUUCUCCAUACUCAAAACACAUGCCCAAAGGUUCCCAAAUCUUAAAAAGAAAAAUUGAUGUCAGGUUAUUACCUGUAUGCCAUAGGACUAACAUCCAUGUACUUUAAGGCCUGAUUAAAAUAUUCUAGAAAUGAGCUGAAUGAGCCUGGCUUCAAGAAAGGUGAUGCAUGCCACCAUGGUGUGUGAUAAAAUGCCAAGCUUAGUAAAACUUGAAAUUAAUAAAAUCCUACACGACA